AUGGUUUCAAUCGGCACAGAGGUGUCUCACCAGAUGAUGAUGGACACCAUGGUGGAUGACACCAUCAAUCGCUCACAUGAGUUGACGGCGGAGGCAGGUGCGAGUUCGACCCCUGAAUUUUCGGCUGUCAUGCCGGCUGCCAUGUCCAACUCACAACACGGCGCAGGCAGUGAUGAUCAAGCACAUCUAAACCCAGAGAAUGCCUCAAUCUUCAAUCAAGAUAUGGGAGAUGCUGUUGAGGUCCGCCGGCUACUUGUCACGCAAGAGGGGUCUGAGGCUGCCGAAUCCUCCUCGAAAAGCAAUGAUGAACUCGUUGCAUCAGACUUCAAGGUAGUGGAGUCUGAUGAUGAAAACAAGGAGACAUGCCUCACCACAAGCCCUGAGAGAGAGCCUGGAUCAAUCCGCACCUGGACCUACGACGGGUACAAAUACAUUGCGCUAGCUCCUAUUUCACUGAGCACUGCAUCACCUUCAUCUGCAAUGUCAAGAGACAGCUCUCAAGAGCCGAGUCCCGUAUCAGAACCUGCGUCACCUUCCGAGGAUGCCAUGAGCCCUAUUCCCGAUCAGGUAACAAACGGUGAUGACUCAGGGCCGGAAAGUUAUCCAAAAUCUGUGCCUUCUUCCUCCCCUGCCCUCGAUGUUAGGACUUUCGCCAACGAUCUCAUUUAUGUGGGCAAAUCCAACAUCAAAGGUGCUGGCUUCGGCAUGUUCGCAGCUCGAGAUAUCUCGGAUGGACAACCCAUUUUGUUGGAGAAGCCCCUGCUCAGAACUACUUGGAUGAACCUGUUCAAGAGCUUUGAUAAGCUCAAGGAGGACCAGCAGGCCAUCCUCCUCAGCCUGGCUCGCUUUCAUCCCCGAGAAGACGCCGAUCCUGUCGAGCAGAUGUUCAACGCGAACUCCUACGUAUGGGAUGACCGUCGCAAAAUGGUUGUGUUCACCGCUGCCAAAGACAUCUCUGCCCAUGAAGAACUCCUCAUCUCUUACAAUUCGGACAUUGCAGUCAUCAAGAAUCGUUUUGGAUUCACCUGUACAUGUGCCAAGUGCUCUUCGAGAACUGGCAAUGGAGGGGGUAAUACGUUGCGACCAGGUGAAUUCUACUGA